AAUUCUGAUACUAUAUUUGAGGCAAAUCCCAUCUUUCUUCAACUCUUUACUGUUUUUUUUUUUAAGUUUAUAUUUUGAAAAGUGUGUCAUCUCUCUUAAUUUAGUCCUGAAACUCUCUCUCUUAGGUCACACAUUAUAAAAAAAAGGCUAUUACCAAUUCUCUGAUUUUCCAUAAACUGAUAUUCAGAAGCACUGGCAUUAUAUAUAAAUGCAGCACAGACCCUCUUAUGUGCUAUCUAGGCUGUAGCUUGAGAGAGCCAAAGGACAAAGCAUUCUUAUUCUUUUGUGCAGAAGAAGUGAGAAAACCCAAAAAGAAAAUCCCCAAAGAAAAAAAAAAAAAAACAUAUCUUCUUGGGGUUUGCAGAACAACCCUCUGUGCCAGAAUUAGAAGGUGGGGUUUGAGUUGGAUAUUGGGUCCCUUGAUUCCAAUGUCCCUCUUUUGUUCCUUUUGGUUUUGCAGCAAGAUUUUGUCUGCCUUGUUCUGUGAAACCCAAAAAGAAUUUGUUUUUAUUUCUCAUAGGUAGGAUAGAGCAAGCUAGCUAGUAGCUACACAUUCUGGGUUUGGUUUGUUUUCUCAUAUUUCUUCCUUUCUCUCCUCUUUUGUUUUCAUUUUCAGAAACUCCCAAGACAAAAAGAAGCAAUCUUGUAUUACAGUAUUCCUCAAGAUUCUGGAAAAAGAUAUCUGUUUUUCAAUUUUCUGGCUGGAAGGUCAUACAUAGAAGCAUUAAUGCAUGACUCUUUAUGACUUUAAGUAACUCGCUGCAAAAAUAGUGUCCUGAUGACUUGAGCAAAAGCUGAAAGCUUGAACCCACUAAGCAUUUCACACAAUCAAAAGUUCGUGGUUUUUGAGUCUUCUACAAUUUUUGAAGCUAGUAAAUUAAGUCCUUCCCCAUUUGGAAACUUGAAGGCUGUAACUUGUAAAGCAGAAGAGAACAGAGGAGGUGAAGAUGUCUGCAAAGGUGUUUCAUUCAUUCAGAGAUGAGAAUCGUGAUCUCCAUAAGCAACUUGGGUGCAUGAGCGGGAUUUUUCAGCUGUUUGAUCGCCGGCAUUUCCUCUCCGGCCGGAGCAUCAAUGGCCACAGUCACAAGAGACUUCCUCCAGGUGAGAAUGGCAACCAAGAAAUAGAUCCCAAAAGCAGAGCACUGCCCAAAGCUACAGAUAAAAAUCGAAAAAAGGCUGUCAAAGAGAGACGAAACUCCACAGAAUCAUCCACAACCACUGUUUCUUCAUCUUCUUGUUCAUCUAGCUUCUCAUCAUCUCUUGAAUACAACAAAGCAGCUCAGCAAGAACAAUCCUCGUCUGGCCAAACAAUUUACAAUGACAGACACACUCGGGACCUGUCCAUGAACAAACCGAAUAUUUCAAAGCCCUUAAGUCAGCAAUCCUUCGACUCAACCUACAGAGAAGCCCGUGGCAUUUCAGUCAGACCUGGAGGAAAAGAUGGAGUAGGUCAUAUAUUGAAAUACAUAGACUCCCCAAGGCCUUCACAACCACUAAAACCCAUCAAGCCAAGGGUUUCUGGUGGCGAGUCAUUUCAAGUUCAUGCCAAGCUUCGGGAAGCACAUCGAAAUUCCAACGAGGAGAAGGAUGGUUGCAUGCGAUUUGCGCCAAAAGAAGCAAGGAGGCUGUCUUAUGAUGAAAGGGCAUCACGAGAUACAGUGAAAUCCACAACAAAACUCAAAGAACUCCCAAGGCUUUCCUUGGACAGCAAAGAACGUUCCAUUAGGAGAGCUUGUAGCCCCGAAACAAGAUCAAAUCAUUUCUUCAAGGAUCUGCAGAGGGAGAAUGGGAACUGUGACAAAAUGCUUGACCUGCAGCCAGAACCCGGAAAUUCUAAAAGACCGAAUGUUGUUGCAAAGUUGAUGGGAUUGGAUCUCUCAGAUUCAGGGUCAACCAGUGUUACUCCAUUGAGGCUGAUUAAUACCUGUCCAUCUGAUAGAUUUGAUCCCUUGUCCAGAUCAUUGAGAAAAACAGAUGAAUCCAAGCAAGAUGUUUUGUCUGGGUCCCCAAGAAAUAUGCAGAAGGGCUUCAGCUCACCCCAGAGGAGAAGUGCCAAUUCAGUCAUGCAGCCCACCGCAAAUUCCAAGUUUCCAAUAGAAACAGCUCCUUGGAGGCAGCCACAUGGAAGCAAAGGUCCUCAAUCAACUUUCAACUGUCAAGAAGAACCUACAAAAGCACCAAAGUCAUCACCUUCAGUAUAUGGUGAAAUGGAGAAAAGACUAGCAGAACUAGAGUUCAAGAAAUCAGGAAAGGACCUCCGAGCUCUUAAACAGAUACUUGAAGCAAUGCAGAAGAGUAAGGAAAACUCGGAGGACAAAAAAGAAGCCUCAAAUUUUGCCUCUCAAGUAAGCAACAAAAGUGGUUUGUCUGAGAGCACAAUAUCAGCAAGCAAGAGAAAUACAAAACGUAGCUCAUCACUUCCAGCCACAGCCAUGGGUUCCAAAUCCCCAAAGAGUUACAAAUCACCAAUCAUCAUCAUGAAACCCGGUAAACUCAUGGAGAAAACACACAACUCUGCUUCCACAGUGAUCUCCAGGGACAACAGAUCAUGUCCGCGGAGGCUUCAGACUAGCAACCCUGGUGACAACAGAAAGGAAUUGCUUGACAGGAAAGCCAAAGAUUUGACUCCAAGAAACAUUCAUACUAGUGAUUCUUUCAAUGGACACCUUCGCUCCACUGAUAAGAAUUCUAAUGUAAGAACUUCUAAAGCUGCACAAAAACCAAAGAUGCCCCAGAGUGAAGAAAAUUCCCCGGGCCCAAGUAGGAGCAUCACGAGCCCAAGACUGCAAAACAGAAGAUUUGGAUUGGAGAAGCAAUCUCCUCCAACCACUCUAUCAUCAGAGUCAAGCAUGACCAGAAGGCAACACAGUAGGCAAUCACUAGAAGCAAGCACCCCGGGUAGAAAACUCAGGCCAAAAUCUCCCAGUUUUCAUCAAAGCAAUUGCCAACUGAGCGAGACUAGCACCAGUACAAGAGCUAUGAGUCACCAAGAUGAUACCACUUCUCAGCAAUCUGAAAGCAACAGCAGCUUGGCCUCACAUGCAGACACAGAAGCCACAAGCAUUCAUCAGUCAGAUAAGAUUAGAGAUACUUGCAUGAAGCAGCACAGCCAAAAACAAAACAGGCCAGCAGUAGGGUUGAGUGAUGAUAGGUUAACAGCAGAAAGUGGCAAAGCUUCCUUAGAACAACCAAGUCCUAUCUCCGUUCUUGAUUCUACAUUCUAUAGGGACGACUCGCCUUCUCCUGUGAAGAAGAUAUCAAAUGCCUUUAAAGAUGAUGGUGGGCAAAAUCUGGAUGAAGCAGAGUAUGGACCGAUGGACCUAGGUCUGAUAUCCAACAGUACAACGCCCAGUCUUGGUGCAGAGAUUGACCAUAAAAGGUUAGAGAACCUGAAGCACCUGAUUCAUAAUCAUCGACAUAUGAGCAGCACACAUGAAGAACCCAUCUUCGGGCCCAUUACUUUCCUCUGUGACCGCUCAAAUCCAGACCACAUGUACAUUUCAGAUAUAUUGCUAGCAUCAGGAAUUCUUAGGUAUCUCGAAUCUGCGUGGACAACCAUUGAGCUCCAGACAUUCGAACUCCUGAUCAACCCUAAUUUGUUCCUUGCACUGGAAGAAAUUAGGGCAGAUAUAGAGCCUUGGGAUGAUGGAAAGAGAUGUGAAAAGAUUCUCCAGUCCCAAUCAGAGGAAAAAAUUCAAAGAAAGCUAGUGUUCGAUGUUGUUAAAGAAUUCCUAGUUCAAAAAUUAGUUGUGGAGAACUCUUUCAAGCAGUGGUUCUCACCAAACAAGCUGGCAGAAGGGAAACCAAGAGGGCAGCAGCUUUUGACAGAAUUGUGCUCCCAGGUUGAUCAGCUACAAAGAAGCAACUUGAAUGGCAACCUAGAUGAUGAAGAUGAAAGUUUGACAAGUAUCUUGUUGGAAAAUUUCAUGGAUCAAUCACAGAAUUGGACAGUGUGUGAUGGUGAAAUUCCGAGUGUAGUGUUGGAUGUUGAGCGAUUGAUCUUUAAAGACUUGAUAACUGAAAUUGUGAGCAGUGAUGCAGUUGACCAUGCGGGUUGGUCUGGUGGGCAUUGUAGGCAACUGUUUUCCAAGAAGGGGCUCUGGUAACAUUGUUUUUCAAAAACCUGAAUGGUAUAAGAAAUAUGGUUUGAGAAGCAUCUGGUCAGUAGCUUUCAUACAUCGACCAAGGGAGUGGGACUGAUUGCAACAGUGAAACUCAGGCUCUGGUUUUUGUAUGUUGAGCAGUUGAUACUUAUAGAUCAAACCGUGAGGGGUGAUUGUAGGCAAUUAUUCUCUGCAUACGGACUUUGGUAAUAUAGAAUAUAUUCUCAUGCAGAAUUUGUUGUGAGAGAAGGGGAGGGGGGAGGGGGGAGGGACCAUUUUAAUUUGACUUCCAUUACUAUCUUUUGGUUUAUCUUCUCUAAUCACAAUUACUGGGUUACCGUUUAGCUCCUCUCUAACAUGUAAAUCUUUGAUAGAGGCUAAUGAUACAUCUGUAAUUUGAACUACAUUUUGAUAUUAUGUUAAAGGUUUAUGGGGCAUUUUCACAGGAAAGGGCAUUUUAUUUUACAGUCAUUCCUGUUUUUUGGUUC